AUGCGGCUGCCUAUCCCGUGCCCCUGCGGCUACGAGUGCAGCCAGGGCCUUGGAUCUUGGCCAGAACCCAACUUAGAAAGGCAGCCGCGGUACGGCCCGGGCGCAGAGCUUGUGCCCAGCAGGGCUCAUGUGCGACGAGGGCGUCGGGGAGCUCAGGUGGCCACAGCCAUCGAGCCGCAGCUCUGCGAGCCGAAGACCUUCGACAUCCGCGUGGAUACCAGCUUGAGCAGAGAACGGGAGAAGAUCUGCGUCUAUGGCAUCGGCCAGCAGUUCGUGGAAUAUCAGAGGUUGCUGACCGUCCCUCGGGCUGCAGAACGCUUCGGCUGGACGCAAGACCAGCUCGUGAACGGCACGCUGGUGGGGCGCGCCGGCUGUUGCUGGUCGCCGGAGCGCUUGCAGACCACCUUCGACGAGAUCGCCGCGGACUUCAAGGCCAAGAACGACACGCUCUCCGCCCGGAGCUUCUUCCGCUUGUCCAGCUCCAUCCAGAGCCGAACUGCGGCGGAGCGCGAAAGGGAUCUCUUCGCCCCAGGCUUCGACGGCCUUACGCUCCUCAACAUCACGGAUGACCAGUUCAGGGAGGACCUCAUCAUCCUCUAUCCCAAGGCACGACAAUUUCUCCAUCACUUUAUCGAGAAGCUUUGGAACUUCAAGCGGCCCUCGCCUUGCCCUUCAGGGGCCUACUGCAACGAGGGCACCUGCCCGCGGUACUUACUCACUGGCAUCGUGGAUGUGGACUUCGAUCGUCCCAGCAAUGCCAUCAACGAGGCGAGGCGGUUGGCAGAGACCCACUACUCGGAGAACAUCUACCGUGCCUAUUACAACCGCUCCUGGAAUGCAACGAACUACACCCCAGCUCCAGGGUCUCCGGACUUCUCCGAGAACGAGACCCUCGAGGGUGAUUUCAACGCCUCUGGCCUUGGGAACGGCUCCUUCAACGCCUCUAGGCCAAGAAAGUGCACUGACUGCAACCAGACGGAGCACACCUUCAUUACGCCGGAGGCAUCGACAUCAUAA